CAUGCAAAAAUACUUCCGUGUCUGAAUCUGAAGAGAGAGUCAGCCGCUGAGUAGACAUAAUUGUAGAGAUGGGAUGGCGCGAUAAUGCUUCACACAAAAAACCCUCGAAAUUCAAAUAAUUUCACACCAAAAGCAAAACCCUAGCAAAGCCCAAACCCCAGAACAUUUAGAAGAAAAGAAAAAAGGAAGACGAAAGAAUGGUAACCUCUUUCCAUUCUCUUACUCUCAAAGCUGUGUCAACAUCAUCUUGCUUCUUCCCUUUACUCCUUUCUUCCCCUCAGCUUGCAAGAAGAGAUGCAAUCACUUCUAUUGGGGCUUUCUCGCGCCAUCGUUCUUCUGUAGCUGAUGUUUCGGAGUUUGAAUGCGAUGAAUUUCAUGAUGAUAACAAUGAAAUAAAGAAAGACAGUGCUCUACGUGAGGCUCUCUUGCGGCUUGCUGGUGAUUUUGGCAGAGAGUCUAUGCUGUCCUUGCAUCGUUUUUUCAGCUCACGACGUGCUCCUGUGGUAUCUACAGGCUCGUUAAAGCUUGAUCUAGCACUUGGGAUUGGAGGAUUACCAAAGGGAAGAAUGGUUGAAAUUUAUGGGCGAGAAGCCUCUGGCAAGACAACAUUGGCACUUCAUAUAAUCAAAGAAGCUCAAAAGCUUGGAGGGUAUUGUGCAUAUCUUGAUGUGGAGAAUGCUAUGGACCCUUCACUUGCAGAAUCAAUAGGUGUAAACACAAAAAAUCUUCUUAUUUCUCCUCCUGAUUCUGCUGAGAAUUUGCUUUAUGUGGUUGACACACUGACCAAAAGUGGAUCUGUAGAUGUAAUUGUGGUUGAUAGUGUUGCUGCCCUUGUUCCUCAGUGUGAACUUGAUAGUUCAAUUGGUGACAGUAAGCAUGAUGUACAAGCCCGAAUAAUGACUCAAGCACUUCGAAAAAUUUAUUCUUCCUUAUGUCAAUCUCGAACUCUUAUUAUAUUUCUUAAUCAGGUCAGAUAUAAUUCAAAAUCUGGUCAUGCUUUUGGGCGUAUGGAUGAGGUCACUUGUGGCGGAAAUGCCCUGAAAUUUUAUUCGGCAAUACGGUUGAGGAUGAUAAGAACUGGAUUGCUGAAGAGUGAGGAUAAGAUAACUGGUCUUGGGGUUUGUGUGCAAGUGGUGAAAAACAAGUUGGCACCAGCAAUGCAGAAAGCUGAACUGGGAAUACAGUUUGGUAGGGGAUUUUGCUGUGAAUCUGAGGUCCUGGAAUUGGCAUAUGAGUACGGAAUCAUUAGCAGAGAAGGAAGCAACUACUUCAUUGAAGGGGAAGUUUUUGGUGAUAAACGUGAAGCUGAACGAUACUUGGCAGAAAAAGAUGGUGUUCUUGAAAAUAUAGUCAUGGUUUUAAGGACAAAAUUAUUUGAAAGGCAAAUCUUAUUGUGAUAGACCCUAGCUGAUGGGAGCAGAGGUCUUGGUUGAAUUCAUUGGAAGGUUCAAAGUGGUCGACUGACACACAUUAUUGGGGAAAUCAGAUGCUCGUCAAUUACACUCUAGUUUCAUGGUGAGACAAUCUUCAGAGAUGAAAUCAAUUUUGAAACAGAUUAAGAGAAGAUAUAUAAAUUCUUUGGUGAAGCUUAAACGAAUGCGAUUCAAAGAGAUGGUAUCAUUUACCUGUUGUAAAGAUAUCCUGGCAGAUGAGUUUUAGACUUGUAUCUGCCCUGCUUGACUGUAAAAUAACAGGUGAAAAAUGAAAUCUAGCAUGUUUGUUAGGGGCAGAAAAAGAUUUCAUUUAAACUGUAUUCCUUUUUUUUUUUUUUUUGAAGUUUUUAAUUUACUUUUAAACUUUUUUAUUACAUAUUU